CUAGCUCUCUUUCUCUCUCUCUCUCUCUCUUCCUCUCUCUCUCUCAUUGUGGUGAGUAGCAGUAGCAGCAGCACUAGUUGUCUCAUGGAACUCAGUCAGGCAAAUGACCAUUCUCCUCUCUCCUCUUCUCUUCUCCUUCUCUCUACUCCUCUCUCCUCCUCUCUUCUUCUCCUCUCUCCUCCUCUCUUCUUCUCCUGCUGUUUUCUCUCUGCUCAGAGGUAGUGGAAAAUAGAUUGCUCUUUCUUCUCUUCUCCUCCUCUCUUCUCCUCUCUCCUCCUCUCUUUUUCCUCUCUCCUCCUCUCUCCUCUCGUCCCCCUCUCACCCCUUGAGCUGGGGGUCAGUGGGGCUCUCUGUGUGUGAGGGAGGGGGGGGGAGAGGGUUCAGGAUGGAAGCAAUGGCUCUCUAUUCGUUCCGAGCCACGGAGGGUGAUGAGCUCAGUUUCAACAAGGAAGACGUACUUAAGAUCAUCAACAUGGAAGAUGAUCCUAACUGGUACACAGCGGAGCUCAACAACAAGAAAGGAUACGUACCCAAAAACUAUAUCAAUCUGAGACCACACGCGUGGUUCGCAGGCCGUGUAUCCAGGGGGGUUGCAGAGGGCAGAUUGAGACAGAGAGACCGCGGAGCGUUCAUCGUGAGAGAGAGCGAGAGCGCUCCAGGAGAAUUCUCCAUGUCCGUCAGUUACGGGGACCAUGUGCAGCACUUCAAGGUGCUCCAGGACAGUUACGGGGACCAUGUGCAGCACUUCAAGGUGCUCCAGGACAGGUCAGGACAGUACCUCUCUCUCUCUCCCUCACUCCGCCCCUGUCUCCCUCUAGUUACGGGGACCAUGUGCAGCACUUCAAGGUGCUCCAGGACAGGUCAGGACAGUACCUCUCUCUCUCUCCCUCACUCCGCCCCUGUCUCCCUCUAGUUACGGGGACCAUGUGCAGCACUUCAAGGUGCUCCAGGACAGGUCAGGACAGUACCUCUCUCUCUCUCCCUCACUCCGCCCCUGUCUCCCUCUAGUUACGGGGACCAUGUGCAGCACUUCAAGGUGCUCCAGGACAGGUCAGGACAGUACCUCUCUCUCUCUCCCUCACUCCGCCCCUGUCUCCCUCUAGUUACGGGGACCAUGUGCAGCACUUCAAGGUGCUCCAGGACAGGUCAGGACAGUACCUCUCUCUCUCUCCCUCACUCCGCCCCUGUCUCCCUCUAGUUACGGGGACCAUGUGCAGCACUUCAAGGUGCUCCAGGACAGGUCAGGACAGUACCUCUCUCUCUCUCCCUCACUCCGCCCCUGUCUCCCUCUAGUUACGGGGACCAUGUGCAGCACUUCAAGGUGCUCCAGGACAGGUCAGGACAGUACCUCUCUCUCUCUCCCUCACUCCGCCCCUGUCUCCCUCUAGUUACGGGGACCAUGUGCAGCACUUCAAGGUGCUCCAGGACAGGUCAGGACAGUACCUCUCUCUCUCCCUCACUCCGCCCCUGUCUCCUCUAGUUACGGGGACCAUGUGCAGCACUUCAAGGUGCUCCAGGACAGGUCAGGACAGUACCUCUCUCUCUCUCCCUCACUCCGCCCCUGUCUCCCUCUAGUUACGGGGACCAUGUGCAGCACUUCAAGGUGCUCCAGGACAGGUCAGGACAGUACCUCUCUCUCUCUCCCUCACUCCGCCCCUGUCUCCCUCUAGUUACGGGGACCAUGUGCAGCACUUCAAGGUGCUCCAGGACAGGUCAGGACAGUACCUCUCUCUCUCUCCCUCACUCCGCCCCUGUCUCCCUCUAGUUACGGGGACCAUGUGCAGCACUUCAAGGUGCUCCAGGACAGGUCAGGACAGUACCUCUCUAUCUCUCCCUCACUCCGCCCCUGUCUCCCUCUAGUUACGGGGACCAUGUGCAGCACUUCAAGGUGCUCCAGGACAGGUCAGGACAGUACCUCUCUCUCUCUCCCUCACUCCGCCCCUGUCUCCCUCUAGUUACGGGGACCAUGUGCAGCACUUCAAGGUGCUCCAGGACAGGUCAGGACAAUACUUUGUCUGGGAGGAGAUGUUCUUCUCUCUGAAUCAGAUGGUGGAGUUUUACCAUAGCAACAGC